AUGACUCUUACACCCAAGCGCAAGUGGUAUCUAGCAUUUGUGAUUGCAGCCUCCACAGUCAGUGCUGGAGGAGUACGUUUAGUGGAUGGCCCAAACAACUGCUCUGGCAGGGUGGAGGUGUAUUAUGCAGGCCAGUGGGGUACAGUGUGUGAUGAUGACUGGGACCUUCUGGAUGCCAAGGUAGUGUGUAGAGCGCUGGGCUGUGGGGUGGCGCUGGAGGCCCCGGACCAGGCUCACUUUGGCCAAGGCAGGGGGGAGAUCUGGCUAGAUGAUGUGGAAUGUUCUGGRAAUGAAGAGGCGCUGCUUGGCUGCAGCUCAAAUGGACUGGGGUCACACAACUGUGGACAUUCUGAAGAUGCAGCAGCGAUAUGUGAGUGGCAGUCAGCUGACUUGACAGUGCGCCUAGUUGAUGGCCCCAACCGCUGCUCUGGCAGGGUGGAGGUCUACCAGGAUGGGAGUUGGGGGACAGUCUGUGAUGAUAACUGGGCUUUGCUAGAUGCCCAAGUUGUAUGUAGGGAGCUGAGCUGUGGACCAGCCACAGAGGCUCCUCACCAGGCUCACUUUGGUGAGGGGAGUGGCUCAAUCCUAUUGGAUGAUGUGGCGUGCAUGGGAAGUGAGGGAUCUUUACUGGAAUGCAGCUCAGGAGGGAUAGGAAACCAUGACUGUGGCCAUGAUGAAGAUGCCAGUGUAACUUGCAUGAUGGAUGGCAUUUCCAGAGUGCGUCUGGUCAACGGUCCCAACAACUGCUCUGGUAGAGUGGAGGUGUUUGACUCUGGCCAGUGGGGUACAGUGUGUGAUGAUGGCUGGGAUCAGAGGGAUGCUCAGGUGAUGUGCAGAGARUUGGGCUGUGGAGAAGCACUAGAGGCCUUUGGAUCUGCCAGGUUUGGAAAGGGCAGUGGCUCCAUCUCUCUGGAUGACUUGGCCUGUUCUGGCUCUGAAGACUCUUUGCUGCAGUGUCCCCACAGUGGCCUGGGUAACCAUGACUGUGGCCACCAUGAAGAUGCAGGAGUCACCUGCGCUGAGAACAACAGCAUUUUCACAGUGCGUCUUGUCAAUGGUCCCAACAACUGCUCUGGUAGAGUAGAGGUGUUCCACUCUGGCCAGUGGGGUACAGUGUGUGAUAAUGACUGGGACCUGCUGGAUGCCAAGGUAGUGUGUAGAGCGCUGGGCUGUGGGGUGGCGCUGGAGGCCCCGGACCAGGCUCGCUUUGGCCAAGGCAGGGGGGAGAUCUGGCUAAAGGAUGUGCAAUGUUCUGGGAAUGAAGGGUCACUGCUUGGCUGCAGCUCAGAUGGACUGAGGUCACACAACUGUGGACAUUCUGAGGAUGCAGCAGCGAUAUGUCAGGGGCAGUCGGGUCCAUCCCCUUCAGAUUCCCAUUCUGACUUGACAGUGCGCCUAGUUGAUGGUCCUAACCGCUGCUCUGGCAGGGUGGAGGUCUACCAGGAUGGGAGUUGGGGGACAGUCUGUGAUGAUAACUGGGCUUUGCUAGAUGCCCAAGUUGUAUGUAGGGAGCUGAGCUGUGGACCAGCCACAGAGGCUCCUCACCAGGCUCACUUUGGUGAGGGGAGUGGCUCAAUCCUAUUGGAUGAUGUGGCGUGCAUGGGAAGUGAGGGAUCUUUACUGGAAUGCARCUCAGGAGGGAUAGGAAACCAUGACUGUGGCCAUGAUGAAGAUGCCAGUGUAACUUGCAUGAUGGGUAAGUCUCAGUCUACAAUUACAGUAGACAAAAAGAGUUUAUGUUCAGAUGAAUUAAGGAUAAUUUAAUACCUGUUUUUCACAAUAUCUCACUCUCAUUGUCAAUAUCCCUUCUCCAUAUCGUAUCAUGCGGGGCAGUGGGGUACGGUGUGUGAUGAUAACUGGGACGUGAGCGCUGCUGACGUGGUCUGCAGACUGCUCCGCUGUAUGUGGGCGAUAGAUGCCCCCGUAUGGGCCUGGUUUGGUAUGGGAGAUGGUAUUCCCAUUCUUCUGGACAACAUGGCCUGUGUUGGAACAGAGGAAUCUCUCUUUGACUGCCCCUCUGAUGUGAAAGGUCAGUACAACUACAUGCAUCCUGAGGAUGCGAGCGUUGUCUGCUCAGAUGGCAUUUCCAGAGUGCGUCUGGUCAACGGUCCCAACAACUGCUCUGGUAGAGUGGAGGUGUUUGACUCUGGCCAGUGGGGUACAGUGUGUGAUGAUGGCUGGGAUCAGAGGGAUGCUCAGGUGAUGUGCAGAGAGUUGGGCUGUGGAGAAGCACUAGAGGCCUUUGGAUCUGCCAGGUUUGGAAAGGGCAGUGGCUCCAUCUCUUUGGAUGACUUGGCAUGUUCUGGCUCUGAAGACUCUUUGCUGCAGUGUCCCCACAGUGGCCUGGGUAACCAUGACUGUGGCCACCAUGAAGAUGCAGGAGUUACCUGCGCUGGUUCUGCUUCCGGGGCCUUCUGAAAGCAUGUACUGUAGAGCUCUCAUCCAUCCAGUCUAGUAGUAACAAUGGUCAACCAUAGAUACUGUAUGUACAUUCAAAUUCUAUUUCUAUGAUACCAACUCUCUUCUCCUGGGACAUGCUGGUGUGCAAAUCAAACACACGUAUAAAAAUACAGUACGGAAAAGCAUUAUCUGUAACAAUUGAAUUCUGACCAGAGGGGAUUUUCUUGCUUUCAGCAGGGAUUGUGACAUCCAACUAUUUAAAAUCCUGCCUCAUGUAUCAUUCAUAAAAGCCCUCAAUUUUUCAUUCAUGGUUUUAAUUUCAAUUCAUUACAUGAUAUUUAGACAUUUAAAAGUUUGUGUUGACAUUUUUCUAGUUCUACUAAACAUUGUAUUUGUUAUGUCCCUUGCAUAGUUUGCUUUCUACAAGUAACAGGACCUUGAGUCAUAUUACCAGGCUAGUGUACUGUGAAUUAUUAUAGUUGACUCUAUCUUGGAUUAAAUCAAAGUAAUGAAUACUGUAUUGUUCUUCCAAGGUAUUUACCAUUUCUUUAUUUUCUUUGGGAUUUUACCCAUAUAUUCCCAAAGUUGCAAGAGUAAGUUCACCUGCUAAAUUCCUCUCCAUCCACUCCAUCAAUAGAGAGCAACAAUAGGUCAUUGUUAGAUGAUCAAGGUAUCUAAUUAAGCUUUACAAUAUAGGCUAACUUGAACAUUAGACUUUUCCCAAAAUAUCAAUAGGAAUAUAUUUUUCAAAGGCAUUUCUAUUACAUUCUUUCUUUAUUGUCCUCCUAUUCCUCACCCACAAUCACCAUAAUGGUUUCACAUUGUCACGUUAGGCUUAUGGGAGGUGCACUGCUGUUUAAUUAAUAAACAUUAGUCAGACAAUCACAUUUAUGACAUGAGAGGCCCAGCAACUCAGCUAAUUUCACAGGGUGAGCCUUAAUAAUCUCUAUUUAGAUUCUGAAUAUGCAAUCAGGCAAUUCCAUUUUAUGCCAGAAGAGGGAUACAUUCCAGGUGCGGUAUGUUAGGGCAGAUCUCAAUUCACAUCUGCUACAAUUCUGAUAGGACAUUUAAAGGAUUUCUAAUUAAUUAAUUGAUUGUGUAAAUUGUUGUUUGGGCGUUGCUUAAAAAAAGAUGGUCUCUUCAUCCCUCUAGAAAAAGAGACCAUCUUUUUGGUGUAUACCAGACUCAUGCAGGUGUAUACCAGACUCAUGCAGGUGAAGGUCAUAGACUCAAUAACUUCCUCCCUCCAUCCUCUUCCUUCUUCCUCACCCCACUCCUGUGUUGGCACUGGGCUAUGUUUUAUUAAUGGGGAAGUCGCUGGCUACAUGGCUACCUCUAUAAUUAAUGUAGUUUAGCAUUAGAAGGCAAUGUGUUCUGGGGAGAAG